UGAGCCGGGGCGGGCGGGGCUCCGGGCUGAAGAGCGGAUAGCGCGUCCCGGCGCUGGGGCGGGGCACAGUAGGGCGGGAUAGAGGCCGGCACCGGGACCCGCCGCCGCCGGGGCACUCCUAAGGGACCCGAGCGUGAAAGAUCAGACCUGGCUCCAAAGCAAGGUAUCCAUCUGUCCUCCAAACCUGUAAGUCUGGGUAACCAGAGUUCCUGGUGGGACCUCCCAGGUCUCACCGCCCGGGGAGCCUGGUCUCUAGGUUUGCGGUGCAGCUGCCCGGGGUGCUGGCGUGGGUAGGGAAUAGGAGGUCUUUGGGGGUGAUGCCCAGGGUCCAGGCACACACCAGUCCGUCCGGUGUCCGAGGGCCGGGUGCCAGGGCCGAGAAAGUUGAAAAUGACUUGCAAUGGAAGGCGGGGAAGACACCAGGCCGGGUCUGUAGGGUCAUAAUUUGGUCCGCAAUUGAGUUAGAAGAAUGGGAGGUUGGAAGGGACCCUGGCGGGACAAAGUGCAUAGUUUUGGUGACAGGACGUUAACGUCUGGACCAGAUUCCGGCCCCAUCUCCACGACCAGGAGCGUUGCGAGUGAGUUCCCAAAGGAAGAGACGAGCGGCGCCGGGUGCCACGCACACAAUAUCUGAAAGAGAGGAAGAUAUUCCCAGAAGAAACAGAAAAGGCCCAAAAGUGAGUGGUUAGGAAGGGACCACAGGGCAGCAGAGACUGAUUGCCAAGACCCUAAAUCUGCCACAGCCCAAAGACGAGGAGAUAGACGGCUGAAAGGCAUUGGAAAAGCGCAUCACCACCUCUGGACACCCCCGACAAAAUGGCAGCUCUUGGACACACACUGCCCUUCUAUCCGGGUCCCAAGCCAACCUUCCCAAUGGACACAGCUUUGGCUGUUAUAAUCACCAUCUUUCUGGCUGCCCUGGUCACCUUCAUCAUCAUCCUGCCUGGCAUCCGUGGGAAGACGAGGCUGUUCUGGAUGCUGCGGGUGGUGACCAGCUUAUUCAUCGGGGCUGUGAUCCUGGCUGUGAAUUUCAGUGCUGAGUGGUCUGUGGGCCAAGUCAACACCAACACGACAUACAAAGCCUUCAGUCCCGAGUGGGUCAGCGUGGAUGUGGGACUGCAGAUUGGGCUCGGAGGAGUCAACAUCACACUCACAGGGACCCCAGUGCAGCAACUGAAUGAAACCAUCAACUACAACGAGGAGUUCACGUGGCGCCUGGGUGAGAGCUAUGCGGAGGAGUACACGAAGGCACUGGAGAAGGGCCUUCCAGACCCGGUCCUCUACCUGGCUGAGAAGUUCUCCCCUCGGAGCCCAUGUGGCCUGUACAACCAGUACCGCCUGGCAGGACACUAUGCUUCGGCCAUGCUGUGGGUGGCCUUCCUCUGCUGGCUGCUGGCCAACGUGAUGUUGUCUAUGCCGGUGCUGAUUUAUGGCGGCCACAUGCUGCUGGCUACUGGCCUCUUCCAGCUGUUGGCUCUGUUCUUCUUCUCCAUGGCCACAUCGCUCAUAUCACCCUGUCCCCUGCGCGUGGGCACUGCUGUACUGUCCCCUCACCGUGGGCCUGCUUUCUGGAUCACGUUGGCCACAGGACUGCUGUGUAUUCUGCUUGGACUAGUCAUGGCAGUGGCCCACAGGAUGCAGCCUCACAGACUGAAGGCUUUCUUCAACCAGAGUGGAGAGGACCCGGUGCUGGAGUGGGGUUCCGAGGAAGGGGGACCCCUGAGUCCCCGCUACAGGUCCAUGGUUGAGAGUCCCGAGACUCAGGACAUCCCCAUGUCGGAGGCUUCCUCUGAGAUAGGUUUUAAGGAGGAACAGAUCAAAGAGUCUGACUGUGCCCUGUAAUGCCCCUCUGAUGGCGGCCCCUGAGUUUCCAGACUGGCUCCAGACCUCGCUGGAGCCUCCCUAAACCCGCCAGAAUGGCCCAGGGGGUGGGUUUGGGUUGUAUCAGAUGCUCAGCUCCAACUUUAAAAAAAAAAAAAAGAUCAAAAGUCUCAAGGUUCUGGAGAGAGGUCAGUCAUGCCUCAAAACUGCUGUUAUUAAGAAAGACAACAGGGAUGGCUGUUAUUCUGCACAAGAUCCACCCUCUUGGAUGCUUUGCCUCUUCAAGGUCAAUCUCCCUCUCAUAACAAAUAUUUUGGGCAUCAAGUGAUCCCUCAGCACCCAUCACUUGGUUUUUGGGUGGGCUGCCCCCCCCCACCGCGCCCCAUUUCUUUUUCUGUUGCAUUCACAGCUUAUGUGACCUCUGGAUCUGCACUGUAGGGGACCAAGCAUCUCGUUCCAGUUCUAACACUAAUCAGUUGUAUGCCACAUCCUCCUUGAGUUUCAGUUCCCAGAUAUGCUAUGUAAGAUUCUAGGACUUGGGAAGAACCGCUGGAAAAGUCCCAGAUGUGUACAAUGUGUGUGAGUGGUUUGCCUGCACGUAUGUCCGUGCACCACUUGUAUGCAGUGCCAGCAGGGGCCAGAAGAGGGCGUUGCAGAGAUCUCCUGGAACUGGAGUUACAGGCAGUUGUUAGUCGCUCUGUGGGUAUUAGUACUCCAACCCCAGUACCCUCUACCUGAACUUUCUCUCCAGACUCCCAGGAUUUAUAUUUUUAUGCUCGCUGUUUCUCUUUUAGCUCUCAGGCACACACACACAAAAAGAAGACAGUGGGAAGAAUUAGUGAAUCAACGCUAAAAUCCUAAUAUUUUCCAGUACAUUCAGUACAUUGGCUACAUUCAUUUUCCAGUACAUUGGCUAAUAGAGAAAGAUUUGGGCAGUGUGGGGCCGCUCACGAAGAUGCAGGUGCCUGUCAGUUUCUCUUGGGCCUCACUAGAGGGCGCGCUUCAACCCAGAUCCCUUCUGUGUUUCUCUGAUUUCUCAGCACCUGAAUUUACAAUACCAGAUUAUCACUAGCCUAGCGCGAAGCUUAUUAAGGUUGUGUGACUCCAAGGGCCAAGAGAUGUCAAGGAAAUGGAUGGGCGGGGAACUUUUGAAAAAUAAACAAGCAAACAAAAGUUUA